AUGCCAGACUCUAACGACUACUCCUUCUCCAUCACCACAGUCAACAUAUUCACACUAUCUACGUGCGCAACAUUUCACCGGUUGGAGGAUUCCCUAUCUCCAGUUCAGUCGCUUGUAUCCGCUGGAUUUCUGGGCAAUGCACCCCACAAUCCCUCAAUUGCAAUAUCCCUGCGGACUCUUGAACAUUACCGCCUGCUUCGCUUGUGCAAGCCAUCACUCAGUAUUGAAGCCUUCGCAAAGGUAAUAUGCGACUCUUACUUGACUCUGGACACAGCCCUUGGACGUGAUGCACCUAAUUGGCGGGUACUCAAUGCAUGUCCUCCAUGCUCCUAUGAACUGAAUGGUGAACCGCCACUCAAGUUUACACCCAAGCGUAUGAUGGGCAUUGGUGACCAACAAUGUGGCAACACUCAGGUGUAUGAUGAGAGUGAUUACAUGCUUCCACGUACCGUCAUUGAUCGCUUCACUAAUGAAGUGCUGCAAUCUCGCUCUGCACAUCAAGUCAAUGAUCGCCCUGAUGAUGACACCAUCUCCGAAGCCGAAGAAGAUGUCUCCUGGGCACACAUAAUAGCUGAAGAUUGUAGCAAAAACUGGAAAGCAGCGGCAGACGAUGAUAAGAAAAGGAUACAUGGAUUCAUCUUAUGGUAUGCAGAUAUGAUUAGAAGUGGCGAGUUAGCAAAGUAUCCGUUGGCAAUUGUUGCCAAAGUCCUUGAAAUCAUCAGCGAGUGCACACUUGGUGCCUAUGACAUUGGGUGUGGAUACUCAUCUACGGUUCGUGCAUCAUCCUUGGGUACUACAUUCAUGGAAAUGCAGUCACGUUUGUGUGUUGACUCGUUCCACGGUUACGCACACAAUUACGUGUGUCAAACUCAACACCAUCCUCUCGGCAUCGAAGGCGCAGGACUUGAAGACUUUGGCGUUGCUGAGCGCAUCUUCAGUGCUUCGAAUGUGCUAGCGCCUGUCAUUCGCUAUGCUAGUGCCUACCGCCGUCACAUGUUCCUGGAUCUGUUCUUCAAGCAGUGGGAUGAAGACAAGUACGCAAACCUCGGCACUAUUCUACUCAACAACUAUCGGCAAGCACUGCAAAUUAUAUCAUUGGAGACUGUAGCAUUGGAGGAGGCAAAGACUUCUCUUGGCGUACAAGACACUGACCUCGUGAAUUGGCGAGCUGAAGAGAUUCGGUACUUCCAGAUGCUUGGGAAGGAACUCGAGUGGGAUGCACAUGCCAUCGUGUAUGUCGAACUGCUUCAACAAAUGCAAGAACUUGAGUGCCAAGCUUCUGCGAACUUCAAUUGUUUCAUUUCUGCUGCCCCGGAUGACUAUCAAUUCACGGCUGCUUCAGAGUCCAACUUCUAUUCAGCCAAUCUAUCGCAGACAUGGAAACUCAAGACACAGCAACACUUUGCAGCUGAAUGCUUUAGUGUCAUUCAAUGCAAAGUCAUUUCCAUGGAAAUUAAGCUCGGUAUCGCAAAUCACUGGAAUAUAUCAUCGCCUGAAUAUCAAGAUACCCUAAAAUACAUGACGCUUCGCAAGUAUCAUAAGGCCCUCGAUAAUAUACAACCUCAUGUCUCGCAAACCACAAUCCAAAAUGCUGUCAGGAAGUAUAACGAGGCAGCAUCAGACUUGCAACCGCCACAGCCACCACUUGAGUGUUUCCUUGAUGAAUUCAACCUACUUUGUGAAACCCGGCAAGACAUUCGCGAGAAACCAUGGACCAAGCCUGCAGUUUGGGAGACUAUCCGCCAAUAUCUCCGCAUUCAACGUGCAAAGGAGGAGAUUACCCGUUUUGUUGUCGAGAACGAAGCAUUCACCCGCAUACUUGAUGCACUCAAGACGUCCAACUCACCUAUCUUUGUAGCCGUGCAUGAGCACUGCACUCAUCGACGUCGUAUCAACCAACAACUCUUAUCACGCAUCGCCCAGAUUCAUUGUCUUGAUGCGUUUAGUGGAGACAAGUCUUCUGGUAUUAUAAAGGGGUCUAGCAGUGUUGAAGUUCCCUCCGCUGUGACCACAGAUCAGCCACUCGAGAAUGAUGAGAGCGAAGAAGGUUUAGACGAAAGUGAUGAAGUGGAGCGGGACAUAGGGACUCUCAUAGAAUGUAUCUCUGAUAUGGCAUUGCGUCCUUGA